CUUGUUUUGAUCCAGGUGUAACCCAGAGUAAAUAAUGUUUCAGUGAGCUGUUUUCAAAUAUUUGCACAGUUAACGUGACACGCUGGUGUCUUAAGCAUUAAAUAUGGUCAUAUGAUCAUGUAAGGAAUUUGUUUUUAACAAAUUAAUUCAAGCGUGUUCUUAUUUUUCUGUGCAUAGAAACAAACCAAUAAUUUUAAUAGAACAUUAAAACCAUUAUCUGACAAGACUUUUAAAUGGGAGCAGCAUGCAAUUUAUGAUCAAUGGAAAAGUUCAUCAUUUGUUUUAAAUGUGCUCGAUCUAAAGGUCUGCCCCCUCUCAUGGUCAACUGACAGAGCCGUCACAUGUUUUGUCUAAUCUCAGCGUUCUCUAAACAGGCUCUCACUCAGCUUCAUUGUGCCCUUAUUUAGAAUCACAUUUCAUUCCAAAUUACAUCAAAUUCAGCAUACAAAUUGGGUUACAUCUGUACUUUCCAUUAAAUAAAUGACUGAAUAAUACUCUAAUUAUUACAUUUUCAUAGAAAAGCCUAAUCUGAUGUGAAUGAGACUAAUGGAGAAUCUCAGAUGUUUUGGUGUGCUGAUUGCAGGUGCUGUAAUUGUGCAUAAUGAACUGAAGGUGAUUCAGGAAGAACAACAGAUAGCAGUGUGGACUCUGUGAGUCUCAGUACUAGAGUCCCCAACUGUGAGAAGAACAGCGGUCAUCAUGAUAGACCUGAGCCACCUGAGCGAGGAGGAGCAGGAGAUGAUCAUGACAGUUUUAAAGAGGGAUGCUGAGUUGAAGAAAGCAGAGGAGGAAAGAGUCAAACAGCUGCAGAAAGCCGUCCCAGAGGAAGACAAACGCAAAUUUAUGACAGGAGAAUGGUUCUAUGAAGCAAAGUCACAGAGACACCAGGACAGGAUUCAUGGCUCUGAAAUCAUCAUGGCAUCGAUGAAGCAAAGGAAACCCUCAGUUGUUGAGUAUUUAACCAAGUCUUGGGGUGGCAGAUCCAGAAGCAUUAGCCUAAAGGAUAGUGAUGGCAUCAUGACGUCACCUAAAGUAACACAAGCUACUGAGUCCUCAGAGCAGCUAAAAGAGAGGGAAAAUGAUGACACAUUAGAAGUCUGUCAAGAAAAGCUAAACAUCGGCAUGAGAUCGCCAUCCAAGCCAAGGCACAACCCAUUUAACAGUGUUCCAGCAGAGCUUGAUUUUGAGGAAACUGAUAUCCACUUUACAUCAGGACCUGGUCUCAGGAAAUCAUUAGAACAAGGCUCUGAUUCACAAGCAAAACAUCAGGAAGCAAGUCAUGGUGAAGUUAAUAGUGAGGUCUUUAACACCCCACACAACAAACCUCCUGGUAUAAAGCCUGUGCCAAAGAAGAGGACCAAAAUCAACAAACUGCAGAGCUCUGUCUCAGACAGCACCAACUCUGUGUCCAGCCAGGGUGUGUCCACCACAGCAGGCUCAGGUAUCAGGUCUCCACCACCAAGAAGUAUCCCUAAACAUAGCUCCAAUGAGCCCACUCUCAAGAGCCAGCUGCGACAACCAGCAGUAUCCCUAAGCUAUGUUCGCAAAAACAGCAGUCAAGAAAAGGAUCCUGAAGAAUUUAGACUCUCUCUGGGUAGUACAGAAGGAUCAGGUAGCAAAACUGAAAACAAAGAGCAAUUUAGCUCUCCUUCACCACUGAAGUUGCCAAAGUCACGUUUACCAGUUAGAGCUGCAUCACAACUGAUAAACCCUCCACAAGGAUUACAAGAAAAGCCAAAAAUAAAACCACGUCUAAGUCUGAACUCUAUCACAAGAGCAGAUGAUGGCAAACAAGUGGAAGAACUUGUAAAACAAAGAAGAGAAACAAAUAGUUGCCUUCCUCAGACAUCAAGUAUGGAAUUAGAUCACCCAAACAUUUCUGGUGAAAUUAACCUUCCUCGUGAGAAUGCAAUGUUCACGUUGAUUGACAACUCUGAAAAGCCACUGGAUGAGAUCACUGGCCCUCAACCUACAAUGCACAAAUCUGGGAAUGUGGAAAAUCAUAUGAGUCUGUACCCAAAAUCAGAAACAAUAGGAACUGAAGAAAAUAUGAAGAAAACUGCUGUUGAUCAACAAUUUCCCAGAUCCCUCAACAUAACUGAUACAUUCAACAAGACAGAUGCCUCUACUGACUGUGAGACUGACAGCACCCCCCUUAUCUUCAAUAUAAAACAAAAUACUAAUAACUCAAAACAAGAAGAUGCCAAAAUGGAAGUCAUGACAGAUGAAUAUAUUUCCACACCUACUGAUGAACAAGGAGAUUCCAUUGCCAAAGUUCUUGAGUGGUUUAGCAGAAGCUCAGACAGCAGUGAUAGGCUUGAUGUAGAGAGCAAUGUCCAAGACAUGGAGGACGACACCAAGAUCGAUGACAUAGACUUUGAAGAUGACAUUGAUCAGAGAGCCAAACCAAGAGAUAAUGUGUACUUAAUCAUACCACGCCAAAGCGAAGAGGUUCCAUCAGAAGUCAAUACAAUAUUUCUACAACAGACAGAUUGGGGAAAGGAACAGAAUGUUGAUGAGCCUUCCCAGAAUUCUACAAAAGAACAGAGAAGAUAUGAAUCUGCUUCUUAUAAAGAACCUCUCAUUAAAAAACCUUCUAUUGACUCUGCUCUUACUGCAAACAGUGUGCCUCCAGAGAUCCCAGAGGUGAAUACCUAUGUAGGUGGGAAAAUGAGUCUAAAUGAGAACAAAAUCAAGAGAGAGGAAGAGACUAAAGUCAAACGUGAAAUCACAGACAUCAAGCAAACUCAAAAUCAGCCAAAAGAAAUAACAGGUGCUGAAGAGUACCAGCGACCAAAGAUUGCCAAUUUGAGAUCAUUCUGGGAGAAAGAAAACAUUGGUCCAAAGAUUUUGAUCGGCCAAUCUAGUGCACCUGCUAAAAAUGAAUACUUCAUCCCAAGUGAUAUUAGCAGAAAGCCAACUGAAGGUGUAGAGGAACAACAAAGAAGUGAGCAGAGCUUGAAAGUAACAUCUCCAGGACAUCAGAAACAAGAGAGAGUUGGAGAAGAUGUAGACCUUGAGCAUGUUGGAAGUGGUAACACCACCUAUGAACCUCAAGUACCCAUUUUUACAGAUGACUCAAAACCCCCAUUGAUAUAUGCCAAUCAGAAGACUGACCAAAUACAUGCAAGCUCUCCCUUAGAGAAAGAUAUUCCACAUUUAAAAUCAUCUUCGCCAUCCCUUGACAGUGGAUCCUUGCUUGUGGGUCAAAAUGGUGAUAGCAGAGGCACCAUUAGCAUCAACAGUAAUGAUGCAGAUCACACUCCUUCAAAAGAAUUGGAGGCAAAAUCAAGAACCGCACCAAGGAAAAAUCAAGUGCCUUUUGUUAAGCAGAAUUCCCAGCAAGAGAACAUGGCAGAGAGGAUCAAGCAACUCAAGUCCUUUUGGGAGAAAGAAUCUAAAACACCAGCAGCAGCUCAAAACAAAUCGACUACUACUGCUCGACUGAACCAAAGAUUUACAAAAUCUGAGUUUGAUCUCAGAACAAUAGGUACUGAUUAUGAUGAUUAUGAUGAUGAUGUUGAGGAUAGUACUUCUGCCAGAGGUAGACUGUCUCCCAGUUUCUUAGUGCAUCCACAACGGAAGGAUAAGCCAAGUGUGAUGGAUGGUAUGAGCACUUUACAGUUUAAGAACCUCCGUGACUUCUGGGGAGGAACACCUACAAAAUCUGGACAAAGGUCACCAGUUCUUGAAAGUGGAAAUCAGAGAUCCUUAAGUCCACAAAGCCAAAAUGAAAGAGCCAAUGUCAAAGACUUUGUAAAUGAAAGCCACAAUAGCAAAACAUCCUCACCAGCCAAAACCAGAGUAUUCCAGUCUGCCUCAAAGAAGAGGAUUAUGUCAAGACAGGAAUCUGGAUCAAAAACCGAUCAGUCGCACAUGGUCACAGGCGAAUCAUUCUCCCAUGGAGUAUCUCAUUUUCUUCAGCAACAGAAAGGCUAUCACACCUCUUUAGAAGCCACAAUGGUACCUAAACCUCAGGUUGGUCAAGAGUCACAACCUAAACAUGGUAGAAGAAAUAGCAAAGGCAGUCUAAACGGAAAAGCAAAUGCCAUGAGACGUGCCGCCAGCAUGUUUUCUGUGAACACUGCGGUUGAGGAGCAAAGCCAGGACUUAAAUCUUCAGUCCAAGAAGUCCCAGGGCCCCAAUCUGCAACAGGUUAAAAAGGCACCAGAAACUAGCACCACACAGUCCAGGAAAACACAGGAAGCUAUCUAUACCCUGCCAAAAACAUCCCCAGAAAUCUCUUGGAGAGACAGAGACAAAAACACUCAGAGAAGACCAUCACGUACCUCAGAGGAUUCUGACUCUCAACCUCUUGCUAGAUCCUUCAUUCCACGGGACUACCAGCAUUACCUUGGCAUCACAGAGGACAGAAAUAUGUACACUCCACCUCCAGUUACAGAUCAGGUUGACGAUUUUAUCUGCACUUCAUUUACGUCAUCUCCAGAGACACACCACAGCUGUAAAUGUUCCCCUGUGAAAACCAGUACUCCAGUACAGGGUUCCCCCGACCUACAAACCAGGAGAGGGAGCCUGGGAUGCCACUCAACUACACAAACUGAUGGAAAUGCCACUAAGGGGAAUUUAGGCCGUGAAAAUGAAAGUCCCAUUCAGAAAGCUUUGAGACGAGCUUCAUCUAGACCAGUGUUCCAUAAAAGCAUGGAAGACAUCAGCACUCUUCCUAGACAAGACCAAAAACAAACAAAUGACUACAUGCAGAGCAACUUUGAUGACUCUAGCACAAUUGUCCAAACUUCCUUUGCCACAUCAGACCCAGUACACCUGAAGCAGCUCAGUAAAUCAGUGCCUUCAUUCCUGCAAAAAGAAAGUGAUGGAGGAGAAAGUGACUCCGAGAGCAGUUCUCGCAGCGGUGUACCACAGUGGGAUAACAGACAAUUCACUGACCUCAGCAACUACUCUGGAUCCACCUCACUGUCAUCUGUUAGCGGCAGUGUUGUGAGUGUGUACAAUAGUGACUACAGCAGUGUUGACGUCCAAGGAAGCAUCCAGUUUUCACUAAACUAUGUGCACAAAAUGCGGGAGUUCCACAUCUUUGUUGUUCAGUGCCAGAAUCUAGCAGCAGUGGACACCAAGAGGAAUCGAUCUGACCCGUAUGUCAAGAGUUACCUCAUUCCUGAUCCCGCCAAUUUGGGAAAAAGAAAAACUGCUGUGAAGAAGAAAACAUUGAAUCCUUCAUACAAUGAGAUUCUUAGGUACAGAGUUCGAAUGGAGUACCUGAUGUCCCAGGUUCUCAACCUUUCAGCAUGGCACAAUGACACAUUUGGUCGUAACAGCUUCCUGGGUGAAAUAGAGCUUGACCUCUCCUCUUGGGAUUUUAAUGACACGGAGUGGAAACUUUUACCUCUUAAACCAAGGACCACAAACAGCCUCCAGCAAUCUGACUUGAGAGGACAGAUGAGACUGGCCGUACGUUUCCUGCCUCAGAUUUCCCAAUCAAAAAACACUCCUGGCUCUGGUGAGGUGCAUAUCUGGGUAAAAGACUGCAAGAAUCUCCCUCUUAUCAGAAGUCCAACUAUUGACCCAUAUGUAAAAUGCUUUGUACUCCCCGACACCAGCAAAAAGAGCCGUCAAAAGACUCGGGUGCUGAAGAGAACAGCCAACCCUGUAUUUAACCACACUAUGGUUUAUGAUGGCUUCAAAGCAGAGGACCUGAAAGAGGCUUGUGUGGAGCUUACUGUUUGGGACCGAGACCGACUAGCCAAUCACCUGCUCGGAGGCCUGAGACUCGGCAUGGGCACAGGCAAGAGUUAUGGAGUACAGGUGGACUGGAUGGACUCUACAGCAGAGGAAGUCACUUUAUGGAGGAGAAUGAUGGAAUCUCCCAAUGAAUGGGUGGAGGGCAUGUUGCCACUGAGGAUGGUAACAGCAGCCAAAAACACAUGGAAAUGAGAUUACAGGGACAUUUAUUAAAUCACAUCUUUCAAAUAAUAUUUGUCCAUAUAUAAUAUCUUGCAUUUGUUAUGAUUUAUAGUAUAAUAGAUUAGGUUUCUGUCACGUUAGGACUCUUUGGCACCCAUUAGACCUGACAUCAACAUGAGUACCGUUUCCAGAUAUAGUGAUAUUCUCUAGCUGGAUUUAUUUAUUGCCUUCAUUACUGUGUUGAGUAGGACUGAACAGAGAUCAGAUUGAAUUUAUUGCGCCAAUAACAUAUUACAUGAGAUCAUUUACCGAUUUCAAAAUGCUUUCCAUAAAAGUAAGCUAUAAGCAAUGUAUAAAGGUGAUUCUUGUCUAAUGUAAUCUGUUUUAAGAGGUUACAGAUUUAUAUAGCUAAUGAGAAUCCCUUAAAACAUCACAUAUAUUUUGAGUCUAAAGACCUUAUUAACUAUAGUAUAUGUUCAAGACUUAAAUAGUUUUGAUGAAGGUUGUUAAAUCAGUGCUGAAGAAGUUUAAGGAUACUAUUUGAGGGUAAAAAACUAAAAAACCAAAGCCAUGACAAAAUGAUUAAACCAGGAAAGGAGGGAAACAGAAUGUGUGUAUUGUAACAAACUGUGUGGGGGAAUAGAUUUGUUGCCAAAAAUGUGCAAAGUGGGUGACUGCUUUAUUUGUCAAAUACGCCUGUACUAACAUCAGUGCUCACAGUACUACAAGCAAAAUAAUGCAGGAUACUCCUAAUAAACAUGCCAAAAGCAAAUGAAUAAACAGAAAGUUGGUUCACCAUGA